CUCAUGCUUAAAAACUCAAUCAGGCCUCAAAAUUGGGAGUUCGUUGAGAAUCGUGACCUCUUUCGAUCUCGCCUGAAGAUGCCUUCCUCAUCGGCUCUGCGAACUCGGACUACCACCAUUGUUAGAGUUCCGGCGAGGAACCCUAGGCCGGAGGAUCGACCGGAAAACGGGCGAUUCAAUCUCCGUCCAGAGGUGCGCCAACGAAUCGUCAACAAGAUAGUGGAGACGCUGAGGCGGCAUUUCCCAAUCCCUUAUUCUGAAAUUUUCUACUUCGCUUCACGUUUUGAGCAGAAAAUUUACACAAGUGCAAUGAGCCGGCAAGACUAUCUGAGGAAAAUCUCUUUAAAAAUGCUUUCGGUUGAAACAAGGAUAAGGAAUGAUUCAGCAGCCAAUGCUUAAUCAGCUAAACUUGUUGCUGGAAAUCAAAGUGCUGCAAGCUCAGGUAAUUGCUGCACCUUAAGUAGAGGCAUUGCAUCGAAGAAAGAACUUGGCAAAUGCCUUUGUAUAUAUCUUUCUCUUUGGACUUUGUAUCAAACCUAAUGUCCGGAUGUCAUUAUAUUGCUGUUCUUGAUAUCCACUUGUUUUUUUUCUUAUGCUGCUGUGAGUUUGGGUUUCUUGUAUAUAAGCAGUGAAGCAAUAAUAGAAGGAUUUGAUUCUUCUACAAAUGGCACAGCUAAGAAGCUUCAUAAGUUUCGGUCCUUAUUAGAAUCUUUCUCGAGUGGCGAGAGUUCUAAUAAUGGGUGAGCGCA